UUCCCAGAAUUCCACUGAAUUUCCUCACAUGUGCCUCUUUUUCGGGAUCCAACAUGGUUCUCAGUCAGUUCCGCUUUGUGGAAGUUGGCCGUGUGGCCAUGAUUGCCUAUGGCCCUGAUGCUGGCAAGCUGGCCGUUAUUGUUGAUGUCAUUGACCAAAACAGGGCUUUAGUGGAUGGCCCUUGCUCAGGUGUAUCCAGACAACAGAUUAACUUCAAGGCCCUGCAGCUCACCUCCAUUAUGAUGAAAAUACCCAGAGGUUUACGCCCAGGAAAUCUCGCUAAAGCCUGGGAGAAACAGGAAGUCAAGAAGCAGUGGGAUAGCACAACCUGGGCCAAGAAAAUUGCAAGCAAGGAAAAGCGGGCUCAGUUGACAGACUUUGACAGGUUCAAGCUCAUGAAGGCCAAACAAUCUAGAAAUCGUCUGAUUAAUGUGGAGUUUGGAAAACUGAAGAAAACAAACAAAAGACCUACUCCUAGAAUACGAAAGAGGAAGCCUGUGAAGAAAUAAACUGUUAUCAUCAAUAAAUUUGUUGAUGUAUA